CCUUUCGCAAGAUAGAUAAGGCAAAAUCUGUAUACAUUUGUGGUGUCAAUAAGCUUUGUCCUUGUUCUAGAAUAUAAGGACACCAUGUUUAUUAUUGGAUCAGCUGUCGUUGUUCUUUUGAUAUCAGGUACCGCCCUAAGUUGCGGUCCACCCGGAACAACCCAUGGGGGAUUUUGUCCGAUAGAGGUCAAUAAUCCUGUGGUUCUGGAAAUGGCACAGUUCGCCGUGAAGACGCACGCGAACAAAUUCAACGCGAUCAACGACGGAACCAUCUCAGUCAGUCACGCAUCGUCACAGGUGGUGUCUGGAUACAAUUAUAAGAUGACAGUCACGACUAGUUUCGACGGACAGGAAACUCGGUGUCUCUUCGUGGUUUAUGACCAAUCAUGGACAAACACGCGGGAACUGACGACUGAUGACUGUCACAUGAUCACUAAAUCCAACCGAGCGGCUGAAAUGCACCGUGUCUACGAAGGACGUAGAAUGUUAUUAGAUGCACUUUAUAAAUAAACAAAAAAUGAAAUUCAUA